AUGCAUCAAGAUUGUUGGGCUGAAAUUAUUCCAUUUUUGCAACCGAUUGAUGUUUUAGCUUCCCUCCUCACAAUCAAUCAUAGCCUUCACAAUUUAAUUAAAAAAUUGUGUAUUGUUACUUUUGAUAGAAUUUCCCAAUUUACAGCUGGUUGUUGUUCUGAGUUGAAAAUUUCAUUUAAUUGUCAUGAUGAUUUUGAAAAUAUUGAAAAGAUUAAUCAUGAUGUUCCAAUAUAUGGGAAUGUAAAAUAUUUCAUCCGAUUAUACUUGUUAAAAUUAUCCUUAAAAUUAGGAAAUCAGGAUCCUGAGAACGGAGAUCUCAAUGUAAUUUCAGACAUUUUGAAUAGUUCAGAAUUGAAAUUGUUGAAUUUCUAUCGAUCUGUCUUUACUGAAUUUAAAUUUCCACAACAGAAAAAUCCAUCAACAAUUGCUUAUUGUGUGGUGGGAGAGGCUGGAGUUGGAACGUGCUACUUUUGUGAAUUUGUUCGGUUUGGAAAAAAGUCAUAUAGUUUGCGAUAUGGAUUUGAAUCCUUUUACAAAAAAUUUACAAUUCCAAACGAGAUAGAAUGGCAACAGCAAAUUUGGAUACCAGAUGGAUCUGAAAGGUUCUAUUCGAAACAAGAUGUUAUCCAAAGAUACAAAAAAUAUGAUAAGAGCAUGUAUAUUCUUCCAUGUUUUUCAAUGAAUUAUGAAACGUCAUUUCAAACAGUAGGAGAUUGGGUUUCAAUUAUUAGAGAUACUCUUGGAAUAAUUGUUGGACUCAGUACUACAGAUUUCUCACUAGAUCCUCUUGAAGAAAAGAAAGUUAGUUUGAACGAUGCUGUGAGGAAGGCAUUCGAACUUGGAUUUUCAGUAUUUGUGGAAUCUGAUGACAAUCACAUAUUUACUCCAUUUUGGUUCAUUCAAUUGCAAUCCACCUAUUUCACUUUUAAUAAGAAUGAUAAUUGGGAUUGUUCUCUAAUGUAA